UACACAUUGAGCUGAAUCCAGAUGGAAUCUCCAAACUACUGACAUGGCGUCCCCUACCGAGACCCACAUUCCUCUCCCGGACUCAGAAGUGCCUCCACUCUCAUUUUUUACAGGUGACAAAGUCUUAGACAAUGAAGCAUGUCUGUCUUCAGUUCCUAUCCAUAUUGUCACCAAGGCAUCUCAACUUCCGGAAGAAUUCCUGCACCCUUCACCUGAGAAAGAAGUGGUCAUAGGCUUCGAUUGUGAGGGGGCUGAUCUUUGUCGGCAGGGGACGCUUUGUAUCAUGCAGCUCUCUUUUCCAAAUGCAAUAUAUCUUGUUGAUGCCAUUCAGGGUGAAGAGUCACUUGUGCAAGCCUGUAAGCCUGCACUUGAGUCUAGUUACAUCACAAAAGUUAUCCAUGACUGCAAACGAGAUAGUGAGGCUUUAUACUUUCAGUUUGGCAUUAAGUUGCACAAUGUUGUGGACACCCAGAUUGCAUAUUCUUUGAUUAAGGAGCAAGAAGGGCAGAAAAGACUGCAAGAUGACCACAUAUCAUUUGUUGGCCUGCUUGCUGACCCCCAAUAUGGAGGCAUAUCAUAUGUUGAGAAGGAAGAAGUUCGUGUUUUCUUGAGGCAGGAUCCCAAGUUCUGGGCGCAUCGGCCAUUGUCUGAAUUAAUGGUCCGUGCAGCAGCAGAUGAUGUUCGCUUUCUUCUGUUUAUCUACCAUAAGAUGGUGGAAAAGUUAAAUGAGAGGUCCUUGUGGUUUCUUUCUGUUCGUGGUGCACUUUAUUGCCGCUGUUUCUGCAUCAACAAUAAUAAUUUUGCAGAUUGGCCAGCACUGCCUACUGUUCCAGCGACUCUGGUUGCUGGUAACCAAGCUCCAGAAGAAGAAACACUAUCUGUUCUUGAUGUUCCACCAGGAAAGAUGGGAUUCGUAAUCGGGAGACGAGGAGCUAAUAUAUUGGCAAUAAAGGAAGGAUGCAGUGCUGAAAUCAUCUUCGGAAGCGACAAGGGUCCUCCAGACAAGGUCUUCAUAAUUGGCCCAGUUAGGCAGGUGAGAAAAGCAGAAGCGAUGAUAAGGGGUAAACUGCAACAGCACUACCGCUAGCCGGGACGGAACCAGAAAUAAAAAUGAGCCAGUGCUGAAAUUUAACCAGGGAUGGAGUAGUAUACUCUAAUAGUCUGCACAAAUUGAGCUGUUAAAAUAUUAAUUUAAUGUAAAUACUCAUUCUGUCCGCCAUUACGAGUCCAGUUGACUUUUAUGCCCUCGUUUUGUAAAAUUGAUAAUAAAUACUUAAAAUGGAGAAAUGGUAAAGUAAGAGAGAGAAUAAUGUUUCUUAAAGUGGGGAAAUGGUUAUUCUCUCUCUUACUUUACUAGUAUUUAUUUCCAUUUUUAUAAAUCGAGUGCAGAAAAGUUAACGAGAAUCCUAAUGGCUGACAGAGGGAGUAUGAUAUUCCAUCCAUCAACAAUUACUUGUCUUACUUUGACUCAUUUUGAAUAUUAAAAAAACAAAGCAAAUUGGUAAAAAAA